AAAAAUGAUAGUUGAGUCUGCAUGGAGUCGCCUAGGUGAGGGAGUAGAUGUUCAAGAUCUUCUUAGACCAGAAGCAUGCUGUAUUGAUACAGGUUCUGUGUUCUCAUCCAUAGCCUCCAAAUCAAGUCAUGGACGUUCCAGGUCUUCUCAGUGUAUGGACAAUUCAAGUUUGAGCUCCAGAGGUUCAAGUUUUUCCUCUGCUAAGAAACAAGAGGCUGCUGCAGAAAUUGCUGCAACUGAAGCAACAUUAGAAAUAUUACAGCAACAAGAGCAUGAACUGGAAGAACUACAAAGACUUGAGGCUGAAGACAAAAGGAGAAUAGCAGAACAAGAAGCUGAAGAAUUGAAGCGACGACUAGAAAGAGAAGAAGAAGAAGCUAGGCUACGUGUUAAGAUUGAAGCUGAAAAUGCUGCUAGACGGAUGGCAUUAGAAGACAAGCGCAGAGAGCUUGAGCGUUUGGAGACACUAAAAAGGUUGAAUGCUGCAAAGGCACGAAUGCAAGUCUACGAGCAGAAUGAAGACUCAAAGGAAGAAACAAGAGAGCUACUUCGUGACUGUGCAUCUGUAAGAAAGAAGCAGGUACCAAAGUUAAGCAGCUCCGUGUUACAGAGCAUACCUCUACAGGAAAGUGCAACAAAAUCAUAUCAAGAAGCCAGCACUGCAGACCUUGUUAAGGUGUUAGCAGAAUCUAUCAGCUCAAGUCGUCUUCCUAUACCCGAACCUGCAACAUUUUAUGGAGACACUCUCAGAUAUAGUGAUUGGAAAAUCUCGUUUCAAACUUUGAUCGACAGAAACACCAGUGAAUGAGAAGCUUUACUACUU